GGGUGGUCGGAGAUGGUUCUGCUGCUGCCACGGAUACAGGAACGGGGACGGGGACGGGGACGGGGACGGGGACGAAGAUGGGGGUAUACAGAGGUGACUCGUUCGUCUGUCAAGCGGCAAUGCACGCCGGCGUCAUUUCCGACUCUAAAGGCGGUUGCGGGGUGGUAGAGCUGGUGGGAGAAUACUACUCCUUCUUCGGCGGAAAAGGAGGCGGAGGGAUCGAGAGUCUAGGCUUCGAUUCCUAUUUCCCCAUGGGCUUCACCAUCCAUCCAGCCCUGACCGGUCCCGAGGAAUGUCCACAGAUGGAAAUGAAAACAGCCCGCUCCCUAGCCCCAACCGUCCUCCUCACCUCUUUCGUCUCCCUCCUAACCACCUCCGCCACGACCCUCUGGUUCACCAGCUUCCUCACCAUCUUUACCCACGUCGGCCUACUCUCCGACCCCCCCAACGUCUCCGGCCCGUCAGACACCAUCCUCCCCCAAUUAAUCUCCCUCUUAUUCGAGCGCCUCCUCCCCGCCACCUUCACUUCCGCCGUCCUCUUCUAUACCUGCUCCCGUAACACCACGCUCCGCGCCAUCCCCGCCUCAGCAAACGUCGAAAAAACAGUCCUGUGGCUCGGCGCGCUCUGGACAGGCGCCCUCUCCAACUUCACUCUCGAAUCAUGGAUCCCCCUCUCUCGCUUAAGCGCGCACGACCUUUCCCAACAACCGGGCGCGGUGGUAGCUCUCAUCGGUAUCGUGGCCGUUUUGUCGCUGACCAUCGCCUACCAGGCUUAUUCCUUCUGGCUUGAGAGUCGUGUCCUCCCUUACCUAUCCUUUUACAGCCUGUUACUGGCGGGAAUCGCGGUCGGCGCGAUAAUCUCUCUAACGGGGCUAGGAACGCUAGAACUGCGAAUCCAUCACUACGUUUUAGCUCUACUGCUACUGCCGCUGACGAGCAUCCAGACGCGGCCCGCGCUGGUGUACCAGGGACUGCUGUUGGGGUUGUUCAUCAACGGGGUUGCGAGGUGGGGGUUCGAUUCGGUUGUACAGACGGCGGAGGCGCUGAGGGGGGAUGAUGGGUUGUUGGGGACAAGCUUGGUUCCGGUGGUGGAUGGGCAGCCGUUGGUUUAUCUUACUACUGAAGCGUCGGAGAUGUGGAGUAUUGCUUUUAAGUGGAAGGGGAUUAAUGAGACGCUGGAGGCGUUGGUGCUGCCGAAGGUAGGGGAAAGGGGAAGGGAAGAGGCGGACCGGUUGCAAGGGGUAAGUGUCAUGGUGAAUGAUGUGGAGAGGCAUAGAAAGUUCUUUGCGGAGGAAUCGCUGGAGGAUCAGGUAUUUAGGUGGGAGAGAGACCCACGGGUGGUGAUGACGCCUGAGUAUUUUCGGUUCGCUUUCUUGGGAGAGGACGGCAGGAGUAUGGAUUAUUCUGGGGUCGGGACGUGGUUUGGGAAUGGGACUUGGAGCUCUGGUCCGGGGUUUUAUUGAUCAUGCAGGUCUUUGUGGAGAAAUAGUACAGCGAUGAUUAGAUUUUCUCUUGAUUCAAGUAUGCGACGCUAUUUACGCGAAUC